AUGGAUAACAAUAACUGGAGGCCAGCUCAAGGCGGCGGUGAACCGACCAUGGAUACGGGUGAUUGGAGGACUCAACUGCAACCUGAAUCGCGGCAGAGGAUUGUCAACAAGAUAAUGGAAACUUUGAAGAGGCAUCUUCCUUUUUCUGGACCAGAAGGACUUCAAGAACUCAAGAAAAUUGCAGUAAGGUUUGAGGAGAAAAUCUUCACUGCAGCCACAAGCCAGUCUGAUUACCUGAGAAAAAUAUCAUUGAAGAUGCUGACAAUGGAGACAAAAUCUCAAAAUACUAUGAGCAAUUCUCUGCCACCCAAUUCUGCAAAUAACGGCAGAAAUCCCCUGAUACUGGCGACUGUUAGUGCUGGGGGAACCUAUGUCAUGAUGGACCCAGGCCAAGACCUUUAUGUUUCUAGAGGGCUUUAG